AUGCUUGCAACGAACAAACCGGUAGCUGAUGUCGACUCCGGCCGCAAACUUGGGAGACUUCCUUCGAGUAUUGAUGGCAGUGCAGGCUGUGAUCCUGACAGCUCACGGGUGACGGCGACCUCGAUGGCGUUCUCACUCAGCUCAAGGCGCGUUUUGAGGCUCGCAGCACGGACGAGGUGUCUUUCUUCCUGGGUCAGAGUAUAAUCCGUGAGGGCAAAACGGGUGCGGCCAUCGUUACUCAAUCUCAUUUUGUGGAUGUGAUUCUCGAGGAAUACAACAUGGCCAACGCCUCCCCGCACCCCACCCCGCUUGCGGCACCGUCGACGCUGAGGAACCGUGUGAACUCUGAUUUCGACCCCGCUUCCAUACCGUACCAUGCCAUUGUCGGCAAGCUUCUGUAUCUGUCCGGCACUACUCGGCCCGACAUCGCUUUCGCCGUGUCCAAGGCUGCUCGUUUCUGUAACAACUUCAAGGCGGAACAUUGGGAGGCGCUCAAGCACAUUCUCCGGUACCUCGUCGGCACUCGUAACUUUGGCAUUCAAUACCAGAAAACCCAUCAGCCGAUGUCAGCCAUUUUGGAGGGUUUUGUCGACGCGGACCAUGGUGCCGACCCUGUGACCCGCCGCAGCGUCUCGGGUUACGUCUUCACUUGCGCUGGCGGGGCAAUCUCCUGGAUCGCCAAAUGUCAGACUCUUGUCACUCUGUCGAGCACCGAGGCCGAAUAUGUGGCCAUGUCGUACGCUGCUCGUGAGGGGAUCUGGUUGCGUCGGCUGCUGGCCGAUCUUGGUUUUGAGCAGACAUCGCCGACUCGUCUGAGGGGUGACAAUCAAUUGGCUAUCACUCUGGCCAAGCACCCGGCUUUCCAUGCUCGCACCAAACACAUCGGGAUCCAUUUCCACUUCAUCCGAGAUCACAUUGCGGAGGGCACAAUCGAGAUGGUCUGGGUGCCCACGGGCACCAUGGCUGCGGACGUCCUCACCAAAGGGCUCGGGACUCAGAAGCACUAUCAGUUUGUACACGCGAUGGGGCUUAUCGAUUCAUCGCGUGAAGGGGCGAGUUGGUGUGUUGGGAAUGAGGGUUAGGAACCACGCGUUCUUUGGUAAUCUGUUUAGUGAAGCCUGGCGAUGCGCACCAACCGUUGUCUUCUCUCCACGGUUGGAUUACACACUCGUCAGGUACGCAUGUUUAGCUUCACAGCCACUUUCGUUGCAAUUAACUGACGGUUGGAUUACACGCUCGUCAGUCUCUUAUUGUGGUUAG